AUGGGGAUUCUGCUGCUGCUGGUGAAGCUGUCUGUGCUGCUGGUCCAGAACCGGGUCCAUCUCUACAACGUUCUGCUCCUCAAGAUCAUCCUCUUCAACCACUGGCUGUCCGGGCUGCUCCAGCAGGCCCAGGGCUCCUGCAGCCGGCCAGCCCACCCUCAGCCCUGGCUCCCCGCCUGCCCCGUGGGCUCGGUCCUGCGGGCUGGGUUGGCCCUGAUGGAAGUCCCUGUGUGGCUGGUGCUGAGGGUGCCCAGGCUCGUGUGGGCAGGAACGCUGGGCUGUGCUCGGGCCCUGGGCCUGGACCCGAAGCAGCCGGGUGCCUGGGAGCAGCUGGGUCUCUCUGCGGCCACCUGGGUGGACCUGCUUCUGUCGUGUCUGCACAGCCUCAUGCUGGCCGCCUUGCUGCUGCUGCUGCUCGCCUGCCGGCUGCUGUGGAAGGCCCACUGCUGCAGCCUGGGCUGGCUGCCCAGCAGGGCUCUGGUGGAGAACCAGGUGGUCCUGGGGCUGCUGGCGCUGACGAAGCGUCUGUACUGGUGUGUGGAGAGCACGAUCGAGGCUACCGCCUGGCGCCUGGCCUAUCUGGUCACUUGGUCCACCUGCCUGGCUUCCCACCUGCUGCAGGCCGCCUUUGAGCACACGGCCCAGCUGGCCCAGGCCCAGGAGGCCGAGCCCCAGGAAGCCGAGUCUCUAUUUGAGUCCCCGUUCUUCGAGUCUCUGGUUCUCAAGGCCGGGCCAGUCCUGCCAGAGCGCGAGACCCUCGGAGAAUAA